CCAGAAUUGCUACGCCGCUGCCGGUUUUCCUUUUUCCUCGCUGCCUCUUCUUUCCUUAUUGUAUCUUUAUUUUUUCUCUUCUUCUUCUUUAGAUUUGUUUGGCGUUUAUGCAAUUGGUUUUCAAGCACGACAGGAGGAGAUUUGUAACUGUAUUAUUGGGUUUAGUUGUACCAUUGGAGAUUAUAUAAAUCCCAACUCCUUACCCCAUACGCAUUGCUAUACUGAUUUGUCGUCGUGUGGCCGACCGUUGAUCAGACUUUACAAUUGAGUGAGUGCCGGGAGAAGCCAUGGAAACCGAGCUGUCCAUAGAGCCGCAGUCGCUAAAGAAGCUCAGCUUCAAAUCCCUAAAGCGGUCGCUCGAUCUAUUCUCUCCUACCCACGGUCAAAUUCCGCCGCCCGACGCUGAAAGCUCAAAGAUUCGAAUAAGUCAUAAGCUCAAUUCUGAUUAUGUAAGAGUGAAGACCACAUCAUCUGAACAUGCUACUAAUGCUGCAAAAAGUCAAGUACAGCAAGAACCUACUCCCUCCAACGCCCUUGCACUUCCAGGUCCUCAACAAUCAAAUGAUACGCAGAUGGGAGGGCCACCAAAAGAUUUGGUGAUUAGCUCGACAGGGCAACCGAGGGGCUCAGCGGAUGCUGGUGGUCAAAGGAGCUCAGCUAUUAUUCCAUCUAAUGUCUCAUCUGAAAGGAACAUGUCAACUUCUGCCAUCAUGGAAAGAAUUCCAAGCAGAUGGCCUCGUCCUGUUUGGCGUGCACCCUGGAAGAAUUACAGAGUAAUCAGUGGCCAUUUGGGAUGGGUGCGGUCUGUAGCCAUCGACCCAAGUAACACUUGGUUUUGCACUGGAUCUGCUGAUCGGACAAUCAAGAUAUGGGACCUAGCAAGUGGCCGAUUGAAACUAACUCUUACUGGUCACAUCGACCAAGUACGAGGUCUGGCUGUUAGCAACAAGCAUACAUACAUGUUUUCUGCCGGUGAUGAUAAAUUAGUUAAAUGUUGGGACCUAGAGCAGAAUAAGGUUAUUCGUUCUUAUCAUGGUCACCUUAGUGGUGUUUAUUGCUUGGCUCUUCAUCCUACUAUUGACAUUUUGCUCACAGGAGGACGUGAUUCUGUUUGUCGGGUAUGGGAUAUUCGCAGCAAAGCGCAAAUUCGUACACUUCCUGGGCAUGAUAAUACUGUUUGUUCAGUAUUCACACGACCUACAGAUCCACAAGUCAUUACCGGUUCCCAUGAUUCAACAAUAAAGUUAUGGGAUCUUAGAACUGGUAAAACAAUGUCAACCUUGACACAUCACAAGAAAUCUGUACGAGCUAUGGCUCCACAUCCUACAGAGGACUGUUUUGUAUCUGCGUCUGCUGAGAAUAUUAAGAAGUUUAGACUUCCAAGAGGAGAAUUCAUGCACAACAUGCUCUCGCAACAGAAAACGAUCAUUAACGCUGCAGCAGUCAAUGAGGAGGGUGUACUGGCCACAGCAGGUGAUAACGGAAGUCUAUGGUUCUGGGACUGGAAUAGUGGUCACAAUUUUCAGCAAGCACAAACAAUUGUUCAACCUGGUUCGCUGGAGAGUGAAGCUGGUAUUUAUUCCAUCAUGUACGAUUUAACCGGGUCGAGGCUUAUCACCUGCGAGGCAGACAAAACAAUCAAAAUGUGGAAAGAAGAUGAGACGGCAACCCCAGAAACUCAUCCCCUGCACUUCAAGCCACCCAGAGACAUGCGACGCUUCUGAUUGCGUUUACUGCAUCAAUUUUCGGACUUGCUAGUUACACUACUGCCCUUCCCAUCUUUGAAAGCUCAAUCGCUGCAAGGUUAAUUGUAGAAUUCUGGGCUGUUCAUUCUUAUCAGCUCUAUGUUAGGUGAUCUAAUUAAAAUUUGAUCAAAAGUGGAAUAUUGAAUUACAGUUUUUUGUAGUUAUGUCUGGAAAAUUUAUGUAACUUUUGCCACCUAUAUUUCCAAAUGUUGGUUUUCCCUCAAA